UAAUCUUGAAGGAUUUGGAAGUAAAUAAUCAGGAGAAUCCACAUGAAGAUGAGUUUUCAGUCGGAGGAUCUCCAGGAAAGCCUUGAAGCAUUUAAAAAGAAACAUCUUAGACAAAACCGAGAAAUUAUCCGGUAAGAUCAUAUUAAAUGAAAACAAGGACUUUAUCCAACGUAGGGAAUAUAUAACAGUCUGAAUAUGCUUCAAUCAGUCAAAGUUCGGCAAUUGGAGAUGGAAACAGGGCGUCUUUUACAGGAAAAUUUUGAGCUUCGAGCAUCAUUAAUAUCUCUUCAAGAACAGAAUGAAAAAGAAAAAAAAAAGGCACAUCUUGAAAGACUCGAACUUUUGAAAAGAGCACUUGAAGAUAAAUUAUUAGAAAUAACAGAUAUAGUACAAAAUAUGUUACCGGAAUCGUCUAUAGAAUCAUUACCUAUAGAGAAUGAUAAAAGGGAAAAAAAGUUAAAAAAAAUAGAUAAUUCUAUUAUAUCCAUAAAUUCUCUUCAAGAGCUCUAUUUAAGUGAGAAAUCGAAAAAGGUUUUAGAGGAAAAAAAGGAAGAAAAAAGUAUUAAAAAAAAUCUUAUACGAUUUUCAAAUGAUAAACAAAUCAAUACAAAUUAUAUAAACGAUUCGACACAAAUAAGUGAUAAGAAUAAUGAUAUUUCUAAAGAAUUGUCUACUGAAGCUGAAGAUUGUUCGUUUAUCUACAUCGAAAAAAAAGCUUUCGACUUUGCAAAUAAAAAUAUAGAAUCAAAACAAAAGGAAAAAAGAGUAUCAAAGUCUAAAGAAAAACCUCAAGUCUCAGAAAAAAAUGAUUCACCUGAUGAUUUUAUAUAUACAAGAACAAAAACAAAUACAGAAGAUAAAAAACAGACACAUUGGAUUUUAAACACCCUUCAAUGUGAAAAAACAGACGAUAUUAACGUAGAAAAGGAAAAUAUUAUUAAUUUUGAACUAUCAUGUUUAAAAGAAAAGAACAAAAACAACAAUUCCACAGAAAAAAGUAUAAGAAGUAAUAAAACAUGUAUAAGAAAAGCAUUAGAAUCAAAGCCGUCUAUUGCUAAUAAAAAUGUUGAAACAGUGAAUGAUUGGAAGAAUUCACAAGAAAUCAAAACCAAAACUCCAGCAUUUUUGCAUGUUACAAAAAUAAUGGAAUCCUCGUCCCCUGAAAAACGCGUAGGAAGAGCAAAAAAGCCUGUUAAUUAUGCAUUACCUAGUUUAAAAACGAAAAUGCGUAGAGAUGAUUCGAUAGUAGAAGAUAAUUUAAAUAAAAAUUAUUCUAAAAAGAAUAUUUCUGAAAAUCAGAUCCUGAAUCUUAUUGGAGGGUCUCAAGAAAAAUCGACUAAACAGGAACAGAAUAUAAAUGUUUCUUCACUUGUAACAAAAUGCGAAAAAACCCCUUCUGUCGUAAUACAUAAAACAGCUUUAUCAACAAAAUGUAAUCUCUCUGUAUUAUCUAUGGACACCCAGAAAAAUUCGAAAUCUAAUACUCAAUCCGUUCUUAAAUCACCUAUUAAAUUUAGUAACAAAAAAACAUUAGACCAUGAUCUUAGUUCUAUUGAAGAAUUAAGUAAUAGUAUAUCUUGUAUGAAUAAGAAAGAAACUACUAACGAUGAUUUAAAGUCUGAAUCAUUUGAGAAAGAUAAAAGACGGAGAACUGUUCAUGAAUUAUUAAAAACAAAAAGUUCAAUAUCUCAUAUAUCUGAAUAUAAAACUAUACAAUAUCAAAGCGGAACAUUUACAAGACGAAAAAGCAUGUUGGCAUGA